GUUGUAUCAUUGCGUAAUCAAUGUUUCGAGCUCGAAUCAGCUGUUCCGAUUUACCCAGAGCUGUUCAAACGAGCUUCCAGCUGUAUCCUGUCAUUAAUUGAGGUGUGGAAAUGGCAGCUGUCUCUACUGUAUCUAGCUGCAAGUGGAGGUUGUCCUGUAGGGCAUUCUUGUACUUCAACGGAUCAAGGAGCGCUUCAUUGACUCAAGCUAGACAUCAUGCACAUUGUCAGAUGAUACAUGGAUCCAGCCUAAAUCAUAGCCUUCAAGUGUAUGAAAGGCACAGAGGUAUAACAAGAUUAAACUUUCUACAAAGAUACAGUGGGGCUUCACAAAGCUGUAUUGCAAGGCAUCCAACAGCAUUGCAAACUUUGCAUCAUCACUGUCGGCCAUCUUGUAAUGCAUCAGCAGACUCAAUGAACCAUCAUCACAAUGCCUUUGCUGCAAAUCCAUCUCAAGCAUUGCACUGUCACAGUUUUACAAGAUGCCAUGGUCCGCAACAGUUGGAUCUGAAGGCGAUGGCAUGUGCUUGUAGGACUACUCAGUCGUCAAACUUUGACCUACUACACGGUAGGAGAUGGUUACAUUGCACUGGAUCACAUCAGUUGGAUCAUAAACAUUCUAGACCUGGUCUAAUAGAACCAAAGCGACAUCUAAGCCUUAGUCCAGCUGUUAUCGUCAAUGCUGCCCCAUCCAAGAUGCAGCCUUAUCUUCGUCUCAUCAGGCUGGACAAACCAAUAGGCACUUGGCUAUUGUACCUACCCUGCACAUGGAGUAUUGCAAUGGCCGCUUCACCAGGUCACUUUCCUGAUGUCUACAUGCUGGGUAUCUUUGGUCUAGGAGCAUUGCUGAUGAGAGGAGCAGGCUGUACCAUUAAUGACAUGUGGGACAAGGAUUUUGAUAAAUCAGUUGAAAGGACUAAAGUUCGGCCGUUGGCUGCAGGUGAGAUCACUCAGUUCCAAGCACUGUGCUUCCUGGCGUGUCAACUCUCAGCAUCUCUAGCCAUUCUCCUCUCAUUCAAUUGGUACAGUGUAGCACUAGGUGCAUCAUCAAUGCUUCUUGUUGUCAGCUAUCCACUGAUGAAGAGGAUAACAUACUGGCCUCAAGCUGUGUUAGGUAUGGCCUUCAACUGGGGAGCUAUAUUGGGUUGGGCAGCAAUCCAUGGCUCGUGUGACUGGAGUGUUGUCCUCCCUCUCUACGUAGCUGGUAUCUCCUGGACGUUGGUGUACGACACCAUCUACGGCCAUCAGGACAAGAACGAUGACAUGCUGCUAGGGCUGAAAUCCACCUCAAUCUUCAUGGGAGACAGGACGAAGCAGUGGCUGAGUGGCUUCGGAAGCUUGAUGAUUGGUGGCUUGGUUCUAUCAGGGUACAAUGCAGAGCAGACUAUACCAUACUACCUAGCUAUAUCACUGGCUGGAGCACAACUGGCAAACCAGAUAUGGACAGUUGACAUCAACAAGCCUGAGGAUUGUUGGAAUAAAUUCCAUUCUAACAAGCGUCUCGGACUUAUCAUCUUUGCUGGCAUUGUAGCUGGGACUCUAGCAAAGGCUCUCCCUGAUUCGGAUGAGAUGAAAGACUAUCCUGAGAAGGAUAUAUCAAGGAAAGGCUAAUAAUCAAACAGGUCUCUCUCUCUCUCUCUUCACACUUGAUUUGGAUUGCUAGCCAGGCACCCCAGACAAAUAAUAUGUAGCCGAUUCAACUUUUGGGAUUCAAAUACAGUAGAGUGCUGAAAUGCACCUAAAACGAUAUGAACUUGUCAUUCUAUAGUUGCCAAAUUGGCAACAAAAGCAGGACUUCAGGUUGCCUUGGAGGACUUUAGGUAGUCUAUGUCACCCUAAUUUUUACCGGUCAUAAUAUAGCGGGGACGCUAUGCACUUGCCCUUUGGCCCAAGGUGGUCACUGCAGAAGAAGAAGAACCACCGUGGCAAAAUGGAAUGAGGGAAGAGUAGUGUGCCUUGCUUUUCCCUGCUACAGCACGACCUUUGAUAAGACAUGAAUCUAAAUUUGCCAUACUCAUGCAAUGCUACGGUCACCAAGGUUUGUACGAAUCUCCGUUUUUCCAUAGUUUUUCCAUUG